GUCGUUGAAUCGCCGCAACACUCACAAUAUGAAGCUGCUCUCGAUCACUUUCCUAUUGGGACUUUUGGCCUUGGCUAGUGCCAAUCCAUUGAGUCCUGGCAAUGUGAUUAUUAACGGCGACUGCAAAGUUUGCAAUAUUCGCGGCGAUUGAUGUGCGGAAUACAAGCUAAUUUGUGUCGGAAUAUGAUAUAAAAUAAAAUCACUGAAACACCCAAAUGUAGUUUAUAAUAUUACACCUUUUUGCAGUACGCAAUGAAGUUCGGUUUUAUUACUGUGUGUGUACAAAUAAAAUAAAUGAGACCAUGCCCAAUCUCUAUUUUCCAUAAGA